AUGCCGAGGUUUUUCCAUAUGGCGGCGGCGCUGACGCCCGCAGCACGCAAGCGUCCGGCGCCGGACAAAGCCGGCAGCCCCGCUGAUGCCGGCAAGAAGAAGAAGCGGGCUCGCCACCAGCAGUUCGAGAACAUCGACGACUACGAGAUGCUCGAGGAGAUCGGGGAGGGCAUCUUCGGCGUGGUAGCCAAGGCGCGGGACCACCGCACAGGCGCGACGGUCGCCGUGAAGUGGAUCCGCGGCGGCGAGUUCGACCAAGACGGCGCGCCGAACCUCGCCGCGGUCGUGCGCGAGGCCAGCUUCCUCGCCACGUGCCGCGGGCACCCCGGCAUCGUGCAGAUCAAGAACGUCGCCAAGGGCGAGGAGACCCGCGACCUGUACAUCGUCAUGGAGCUCGCCGGCCCCAGCCUCCGCAGCCGGCUCGAGCGCCAGCAGCCCUUCUCCGAGGACGAGACGCGCGACGCCAUGCGGCAGCUCCUGCAGGCGGUGGAGAAGCUGCACGCCACCGGAACGAUCCACGGCGACAUCAACCCCGACAACAUCCUCGUCGGCGCCGACGGAGCGCUCAAGAUCUGCGGCUUCGGAUGCGCGACGCCGGCGGGGGACGUAGCAGGGAAGACGUUCCUGGAAAGGCUACUCGAAGGCGCGAGGACGCAGCACCAGGAGAAGCUGGAUGGCACGACGAUGCAGUACCGCUCGCCGGAGCAGCUGAUAUGGAGCCAGUGGUACGGGCCAGAGGGGGACAUGUAUGCGCUGGGGUGUGUGAUGGCCGAGCUCCUCACCGGCGAGCCCCUGUUCACGGCGACCACGGAGGACGACAUGAUGGACCAGACGUUGGACCUGUGGGACGAGCUUGCCAGCAUGGGAGUGGAAGCGUUCGACGACGUGAUCGAUCACCUGUCCUUGGCCGGGCGCGAGAUCCUUGCUGGCCUGCUGAGCUACUACUCCUGCGAGAGGCUCACCGCGGCAGAGGCACUCAAGCAUCGGUGGUUCACUGAGGAGACGAAGCCCCCAGCUGCCGUGAAACCGGAGUCCCCUGGCUUCGUGCCGCUAUUUACAGAACGAAGCAUCGGAGGAGACAAGUGA